AUGGAACGACACGAGCUGGAAAAUCUCUCUUUGGCGCAGCUGAAAGAGGAGGCGCGUCGCCUAGGCGCUCCGGUGUCGGAUGAUCGCGAAUAUAUUAUAGAUGCGAUCAUGACAUUGAUGGAGCGUAGAGCGGUGACCGGNGGAGCGUCCAGUGCGUCGCAAGAAGAGGCGAGGACAGCCUCAGCGACGGGCACGANGAUGACCGGUAGCUCUUCGUCGGCCGAUGGUUCCGACGGCGCGGCCUCGUUACAACAGAUAUGUGCCACGCUCGCGCUGCAGAUGCAACAGCAGCAGCAAGUGCUAACGCAGAUUUUGGCGACAUUGCGAGAUACAAACAGUGGAGUGGCAGGCCGUCAGCCCAGGGUGGAGGCGGUGCCACAGGAGGAACGGUCUCUGUCAAUCAGCGUUGAGAGUCAUAGAAGUGCAUCAAAUUCUCAGACGCAACUUUCGCUUUCUUCAGUAUCCUCUGCGCAGGCGGUGAGUUUGCUGGCAUCGCAAAUUCCGGAGUUUGCCGGCUCAGAGACGGAUAAUGUGGAGAUGUGGCUUCAACGUAUUGAGAAAGUGGCGGAUAUCCAUGCAGCUCCACCAGGUGUAAUAUACUUAGCCGCGAUAAAUAAGUUGACGGGUGCGGCUAAAAGAUGGUUCGAAUAUGGCUCAGGUGCGAUGUUGGAGUCGUGGCCGGGCUUCAAAGACGCCAUAAGCAGAACGUUCAAGCAAAAGAUACUUUUCCACGUCGCUCUGCAGANAGUGGAGGCGCGGAAGUGGAGUUUCGUGAAAGAGACAUUUCGCGAUUAUGUGCUAGAUAAAUUAGCGCUGAUAUACCCGCUCAAUUUGUCGACACGAGAGACAAUCCAUUUGUUGAUAAAUGGAAUCAACAGCCGCUCUUUAAGAGGAACGGCAACUUCGUUAAGAGCGCGCUCAGUUGACGAGUUCUUAGAAGAGAUGCAAGCCGUCACAUCAGCCACUGGAUCUGAGGUGGACAAGAGAGGCGCAUCGNCGAAGUCAAAGGACUACGGAAAGACGCCAGGCAAGAAAAAUGAAUCAAACAGGAGUGGCGCGGAAACCUCACGGGCAAUACAGUGUUUUUUCUGCAAGGAAAAGGGGCAUCGGAAGUCCGAAUGUCCGAAAUGGCUGAAGCGGCAGGACGAAGCAGGAUCGUCGAAGACGGCUUCAUCGGCAGCGGUGUCCGCAGUGCAGGAGAAGGCCAAGAAGGAAUCCCCGUCAACGGUUGCGUUUGUUUCUGCGUCUAAUGGUAGGAAAAUUAUUUUUAAUGGCUCACCGGUUAAAAUAGUNCGGUUAAAUUCGCGGCCCUGUAAAUUGUUGGCAUUAAUCGAUACUGGUAGCCCGGUUUCCUUUGUUAGAGGCGAAGUGUAUUCGAAAUUUGAAAAUUGUUUUUCGACUUUGUCUAAGUCAACGGUUGCCUAUCACGCGUUGAAUAAUACACCGAUAGAGAUAAUCGGGAAGGUACACACGGAGAUAACAUUGGAACAACUGCCUGAUGUGUUUUUCAAGGUAGAUUUGCACGUGUUGGCUCGAAGUGCUUUUGAUGUAGAUGUUGUGAUCGGUCGGGACUUGCUNGAAAAACAUGAACUCGCGGUGUUAUAUCAGCCGACCGUUAAGGACGAGAGAGACAAUGUGUUUGUUUUUCCGGACGUCUUACCGCAACUCGUGUGUGAUNUUGUUGAUCCUUUCGAAUCGAUUUUGAAUAACAUUCAAGUAGAUUUUGAUCAAGACGCGAGAGAACGGUUGCAAACAUUAUUAAGGGAAAUAUAUCACGCAGACGUUCCGAAAAUAGAUGACGGUCAUCGCGUUACGGUUGCAUUAAAAGAUAACAUACCGUAUGCCUACGCACCUAGGCGUUUUUCGUGGUCUGAAAGAAUUCAGAUAAGAGCAAUUACUGACGAUCUCUUACAUCGAGGAAUAAUUAAACCGAGUACUUCUCCGUAUUGCGCCAGGGUAGUGCCGGUGCGGAAGAAGAACGGCACCAUGCGUUUGUGUGUGGAUUUGCGUCCGUUAAAUGAGAAGGCCAUUAAGCAAAAAUAUCCCUUUCCAUUAAUAGAAGACUGUCUAACGCGAAUCGGCAAUAGGAGCGUUUUUACGUUAUUAGAUCUCAAAGACGGGUUUUAUCAAUUGAAAGUGCACGCUGACCACACGAAAUAUUUCGCUUUCGCGACGCCGGAUGACAGGAUAAAGUAA